UUUUUCGCGCCAAAACCUGGGCGCCGCCAUUGCAUGUCAUUUCCGCCGGAAGGGGUUUGCGCAGCGUCUUCCGGUGUAAACAGCGGCGUGGAUACUAAAGCAAAGACUCUGCCCGUGAGCUUUUAAUUUCGACAAUGUCUUUGCAAUGGGAACACGGUUCCACCACUCUGACCGGAGCUGGCGUUACUCUCCCCCACCCGAGUUCAGUGCAGGACUGGCAGGAUGACGUGACCACGUGUCCCUGCAUCACCACCAGCAAGAUCAUCUCCUACUUCCUGCAAUCCAAGGAAAUAGAUGCAAAAGCAAUGGACAAUCUGAAAGCCUCUGAGGAAUAUCUAUAUGUGCACCCUAACAAAGUGGGUUGUGUCAUGUCCUACAAACAUGAUGGUUUUGUUUUUUUGAAAGCAGAUGUAGAGUCUAGUAGUCAGUGUGUGAACAAAGAAGAAUAUACAGCGUGGGUGCUGGUGACUGAAGCUGGAGAAGUCAGAACUGCAGGAUGUUCGUGUGGUGCUGACCCAGGGAGGACGUGUCCACAUUCAUUUGUGAUCCUAUUGAAGGUAGAAGAUGCUGUGAGACAGGGGAAAAUCCCGUUCGUCUGCCCUGAUGACUGCCCGUUCUGCACGGAUGCUGGGUCCAAAAGAAAUGCUAGUCAGAGGAAGAUGAGGUAUGUGCGCUCUAAACGGCGCAAGAGGAAGGAUCUUUACCAGCCGCCACCAACUUCACAGCCAGCUUCUACCACUCCAAAACCGGCACGGGAGGUGAAACUCUUUAAGACUCAUGAAGAGUGGAGGAACCACGUACUUGCCUCACCAAUGGCAGAACUUUUCACGUGCCCUGGGAAUAGCCUCCUGCAGCUCUGCCUUAAUGCUGAUGUCUCACACAAUUAAUGUAGCUAUGGUGGGCAUUGUUUGUCCCAUUUCCAAAACCACCAACUGCCGUAGCAAAAUACCAGUAGCAAUGUUAGUGUAUGACAACUUCUUCAUAAUUAACAGUGUAGUCAGCUAACCACUCGUUCAGGUGCUUUCUCGAGUUACUACAACCAACCACCGCACACGUCGUUCCCGAACCACUUUUCUUCUUUGAAAUAUCCAUGUAGUUGCUAUAUCUUCUUUGUCAGUGCUAUGUCGGCACAACGCCAGUGCUAGCUAGCAAUGCAGAACUAGUCCACCAGAACGGAAGUGGAUUGCAUCGAUGGGAGGACUUCAGGAUGUAGAGCGGAAACAGCUCAAAAACUUGUCUAUCUCUGUGCCAAUAAAGAUUUUACAAAAAAAACACACUAUU